UUCCACAUUUCACGUAGAAUAUAGAUCCAAAUUACGACACAUUACAGUCUUCAGGGAGCCUCUACACAGGUAUAUAGAAACGACACAGGGGUUUGGAGAGUGUUGAGUCCUGGAACUCAGCUCCCAAUCUAACGCUGUGCUAAACCAUUCGAGACUCUGAAAAGCUAAGACCUAUAUGGAUGGCCAUGCCUCCGCAGGAAUCAGUCUCAUCACUAGCCUCAUCAAUUUCAGCCACCGAGACGACUCUCCCAACGCCUGACCUUCCAUUCUCAAAAUCAUCGCCACGAGUUGCUCAGAUGUCGGUAAACGAGAUACCAGACGACGAUGAUGUCUUUUCACAGUCAAAUUUACUCAACCGAUCUGUAGCUCUUGGCAGCCCGGAAGAGUCCAAGACACCGCAAGCAGAAGUUCCUAGUAUUUCUGUGGAUAGCACUGUGGAAGUUGAUGAUGCGUCUCCCACGCCUCACACUCGUCAUAACGCGACAUCCAUAGUAUUCCCAGCUCCUCCUCCACCUAUAAUCUUGCAUCGUGAGAAUGGAGAAGAGUCAAGGAGAGUGACAGCACCAGGGACAGAGCUUCGAAGUAGUCAUCGUCAAGCUGCCGCUAAGGGGCUGAAUAUUUCAGGGUUACCAGUACCAGAAAUUACGACAAGCACGAUUGUAGAGCAGGGAGAUAUAGAAGAUGAACCAAUCAAGGAAGAUGAGGAUGACGCAUUACCAGAACUCGUCUCUCCUCGUCGACUCAACUUUGGAAACUCUGAAAACGCCCCUGUCAGCCCGGCGUGGCAAAGCAUGGAGUCUCCUAAUUCAAACCAAUAUUCACCUGGUGGGAAACGCCAGUCGAUCCAUCGUUUUUCAUCUCAAUCCGACUUGGAAGUCCCUUCACCCCUCGGUCCCAAAUUCCGUCGUUUCGAACCUACUCCAAAUCAUGGUAUCCACUCUCGAAACCUGUCCCUCUUCUUCCCGCAACCCGGGUCUAUCCCGGGACCAAAAUCUGCAAGUCCAGAUUUGAUCCCCAGUCCAGAGUUUGGGGAAACGACGCUCAUACCGAGUGUUGAUUCGUCGAAUGAGAAGAAGGUGUUUGGUGGGGCAGGGAAUUGGUCAUUUGGACAAGCAAGGCCGGAAGGAGAAGGUUCCGCAGGGUUGUUGACGCCUGAUGUGAAAAGGAGCAAGAGAAGAGGUCAUCAUCACAAACAUUCUUUAUCCCAUAACUUUUUCUCCUUCCUCGACCCUACACAAACAAACCCCGUUCUUUCAUCCAACAAAUCGUCCGCCAAAGCAUCCCCCAUCCCCGAUGCUACCCCCGCUUCAGUCCCCAUGCCUCGUCUCCCCUCCUCUGCUACCACUCAGGCCCUCUCUCCGCUGCCCUCAUCCAAACUCGAUCAUUAUAGUCGGUUCCUCCUCUCUUUUGCGUUUUUAGAAUUCAUCAUCGGUGCGGGUUUAUGGAUCGAAGGUCAGAUGAGCGGUUGGAGAUGUCUUGCUGGCGUGGGGUACCUUGUGGUGUUCGAUGCGAUGGGAAUCGCUGUGAGUAUGGUGGAGAGGAAAGAAGGAGCCGGGUGGAGUAGUAUCAGAAAUCCUUUUGGACCCUCGAGAUUCAUAUCCCUACUCUACUUUGCGCAAUCUCUUUUCCUUGUGUUCGCAGCGGUGUACAUUGCCAAAGAGUCUAUUGAACAGGUCAUACUGGGAUCAGGUGCGCAUGACCAUGCUGUGGGUGGACAUGGUCAUGAAGGUUCGCACAGUCAUGGUGGCGAGGGUGAGAGAUCGUUCCCCCACCUUUUGUUGCUAUGUGCUGCUGCAGCCACUACAUUCUCUGGGGGAACAUUGGGAAACCAUUGCAAGUUGGUGGAUGCCGUUGGAUCACUGUUCUUGACACCAACUUAUUUAUCUUUCCCUAUCGUCUCUCGCUAUUCAGCUUUAUUGGCGAACCCAUUCAGCUUUACAAUUGUCGUAUCCAGUCUCGGCAUCCUGCUAAGCACCUUGAUUGUCCCUCCGGCCUCGCUCCACUCCCUCGACGCCCUAAUCUCCCUCCUUCUCACCCUGUUCACGUCAAGCCUUUCUUACCCUCCCACCAUCUUUUUCGCCCACAUCCUCCUCCAAACAGCCCCGCCUUCGUCUACUCCGCAAAUGAUCGGCCUCAAACGCGCUCUCAGAGAGAUCAAAGGAGACCGCCGAGUCCUAGGCUUGGGAACUGUGAGGUGUUGGGCGGUUAGUGUGGGUAAAGGUGGUUGGAACGAGUUUGAGAACCAUGGUCAGAGUAAUGCGAGUCGACAGGGAUCGAUAGCUUCGUCGCCUGUCGUUACGCCUCGAGCGUCAACAGAAUUCCCUUCCUUUCCAGCAUCAACAUUCUCAUCUCUACUCAAAGAUAAAGAAGAACCCUCUGCACCUCUUGUGGUUACCCUCACAGUCCAUGUUGAUUCAGAUCUGGGUGAUCAAGAGGUUUUAGAUGUAACGAAGAUGGCGUGGAGCAGGGUGCAUCAGGUGGUUGGAAAGGGUGGAGGGGAAAGAGGGGAGGUGAGCGUUAGUGUGAAAAGGGGAUGGGAGGGUGUUGAAGAGAUGUAGAUGUUCAUGUGCAUUUAGAGAUUAUCACACAUAGGGCUGUAGCUUGUGAAGCUAAAACAUGUAUUGUUGUCACGA